GCCAGUUUAUUGACGCCCCAUCCGUCUGAACUUGAGUUUAAGCCUCUGUGAAUGUCAUCUAGCUUCAGUGCAAUUGCAGUUCCGUGCUCGUAUGCACGAUCUAUGCACCGCGCGCCAAAACUAACCUAAAAACAACAGACAAUGGCCCAAAUUAAAACCUGAAAAACAUGACAGUUCAAAUUCGAAUUCCGAAUGUUCUAAUUUCGACGUGAAAAGCUAAACGAAAGGAGUGCAAGUGGGAAAGAGAUGACUAUGCCUUCCCGCGUCCGCUAUUUCUGUGACGUCGGCCGGUGCAUAGCGAAAUAAUAUAAUGAAAAGUGGCAUUCAGUAAAUUCGUUGUGUUUACGCGCGUUGCAAGUUUAUUUGGUGAACGGUGUUAUUUUUUUGUGUACGCUCCCGCUAUCACAUUUUCUAGUGCGGUGGCGCCACCUACUGUGUCCUAUUUACCCGCUCCCACACAUGGCUGUAAUCAAGGUGCUGUCAAAACAAUUGCGGACUUUUCGGUGAUGAAGAACUGAGUUACGAUGGGUGAUUUUAUGGCGUGUUUCGGAGAAGUGAAACAGUGGCGGGAUCAUAUCGCGGAAAAUUGAGCUAGCGGUGUUUUUUCCAAACUUAACCUACGACAAUCUUCAGUUGCGCGCGAGCGGUGCCCGCACGCGCCUCGCGUACUAUUCGCAACUCUUUCGCCUUCGAAAUUUGCCGAAUGGAAGCCGAAAACGAGACAAAACCCGCCGAAUUCGUAUUUCGAAGUUCGGGACAUUCGAAACGUUCCAUUUUCGAACGCGACCGAAGUCGGUCGUUCGAUGACCUUAUAAAGUGAAACUUUUUUCUUUCACUUUGCUCAAUUUUGUGAUCUAGACAUAGUGCCUUCUGCGUACAAACUGAUGGAAUUUUGUGAUGUCAUAGUGCAAACUUAUAUAGACUAGGUUAUUAUAAAGUGAACUAUUAUAGCUACCUGCUUAAGGAACAAUUCCAAAGUGCAUAUGGACAGAUACUGCGAAGAUUUUAGUGUUGUCGCACUUGUGCCAUGGCGGAGUGCUCUUUCGCGCGCUGCCAGCAGGAACGCCGAGCAAUACGCAAAGAGCUGCAGAGGUGGACCAAAAACAUGGUGUACAUCCUCGGUCUAGAACGGGUGGCGGAGGAGUUGAUGGGGCGAAGAAAAUGGAAACUAUACCAGGACGCCUUAAUACCGAAACGUGUCGACACUCAGACCAGCGACGAAGAUUCUAUGCCUUCCACAGACCCCCCACCAGCGCUGAAGAUCAAAACCAUAGAGCAGAUAAACGAGGACGAACGGCCAGAGAAGAGGCCAGAGACAAUUCUAGAGAGUCUCAUAAAGAGACCGGCCACCCAGCCGAAGGUAGAACCAGUAGAGGAACCCACAGAUUGGAAACCCGCCGAUAAAUGUUACUUUUGUGUGGAUGGAGAUGGGAGAGGGGGGGAGAGGGAACGGGAGAGGGAGGAGAGGCCAGCGGGGGGCGCGAGUAGUCCCGCGUCGGAGUCGGACAGUAGCUCAGUGUCCGGGGCAAAGAGUCCCGCCGGGGCGCCGCCGCUGCUGCAUCAUCUACUGCAGAUGCAGCUCCAGGCCCAGAGUCCUCAAGCUAUAGCCCAGUUUCAGCAGAUGGUGGCAGCACUGGCGACCCUGGGCUCUGGUCUGAUGCCGCCGGCUCUAACCCAGGUCAUGCUGAUGCAAAGACUGGCGCAGAACAGGCAGCAGACAGACAGACAACCCGAUGUGGAGAAAGCGCCAACACCGUCGUCUCCGACCCUGGCGGAACAGCCCCUAGACCUGAGCGCCAAGUCUACCUCCAGCACCAGCGGCACCCCGCCUCCUGACUCCAAGAUCCUGGAUAAUAGGUUAAAGCGCACAGCCCUCGACAGUGCCGGCAACAGUCAACGGCGAUAUACCGAGGACGAGCUGCAGUCUGCCCUCCGCGACAUCCAGUCCGGCCGGCUCGGCACCCGGCGCGCCGCCGCCGUGUACGGCAUCCCCAGGUCCACUCUCCGCAACAAAGUCAACAAGUUCGGCCUCCACGUCGACCAACACGACUCUGAACCCGACAGCGACCCCGAAAGAUCAGACUCACCCCCAUCUGUCAUCCUCAAAAUACCAACAUUCCGACCACCCGAGGAAAACAGCUCUUCCCCGGCCACCCCCGUCACCACUCCCGUCACGCCCAUCACCCCGAUGAUCCCACCUCCGCAGCCCCCGGUCAAUCCCUCCACACAUUUGCCAGCCUUCUUCGCCGAUCCGCCGAAUCAUCAGCAUCUCUUCACUUCCAUCAAUGAUGUCAUAGUGAGGAGCAUCAGCCAGAAAUUCCAGCAGCUCCCUGACAGACCGCCGCAGGCCAGCGAUCUUCAGUUCAUGCGAGCGCCGGACAGACACGUCUCCGUUAUCAAAACUCCUCCGGAGAAUCAGAGGAACUAUCCGGCUCCGAGCAACUCCAGAGCCCAAACUAACAACAACGGUCAGCCUGCAGCUGGAGGGAAAGGAACGCGACCUAAACGAGGGAAGUAUAGGAAUUAUGAUAGGGACAGCCUCGUAGAAGCUGUGAAAGCGGUGCAGCGAGGGGAAAUGUCGGUACACAGAGCCGGUUCUUAUUACGGUGUGCCGCACUCUACACUGGAAUACAAAGUGAAAGAGCGGCAUCUCAUGCGGCCGAGAAAACGCGAACCGAAACCUCAGCAGGACAUAAAGCCACAGCCACCGAAGCCUCAGCCUCCGAAACCGCCGACGAAGCCCUUCUCCAACGGCCUAAAUGGACCGGAGACAUCCGGGUAUCCGCCGAGCUACCCGUUCUGGCCGAACGCCGGCUUCCCGCCGCCAUCGCCGGAUUUAUACGCAUCACACAUGAUGCGACGGCUACGCGAAGAAGCGCCUCCACCGGCGAAUGGAUCGUUUCUGGAAGGCAUCAUCAGGUCGAGUCUUGAGCGGCCCCGCGCUGCGCUACUACAGCAGCUAACAGCGGAUCCUCGGCCGCCGAUGCCAUCAUCAGAAGCGCCCAGCUUGCUUCGGAGGCUGGCCGGUUCGCCUGCAGACGAUGGGCCGCCUGCUCGACGUCCUCGGAUGGAUAAUGCGGAUCUAGCGGCGGAUAUCCGUGAAACGGUGCAGCGGCUGCGCGCCGACAAGCUGCGGCCACGCAACGGCACGCCAACGCCGCCGAGUGCCGCGUCUCCGCCGCUCGCGCCGCUGGACGCGCCGCUGCCCGCUCCGCUCGCCGCGCCGCCCGCCGCGCCGCCCACCGCGCCGCCGGACCGCGCCUAG